UUCAUUUUAUAAUCAAUCCAUCACAAUGUUAAACUGAUGUAAACAUUAGUGAUGUUGACACAGUUUUAUUUCCAAUCCUUCGAAUAGAUCUUUAAUUUUGUUGCUUCAUUGCUGGACCUAACAUUUGUUUUUUGAAGCAAUUAUAAAUAAAAUUCAGGGACAUUUCAUCUGUUGUUUAUAUUUUAAUUUCAUAGCUAGUUGGCUGUUUGUAAAUGAGUUUCUUAUCCAAAAGAGUCUUAAAAUCUAUUAAAUUUACAAACUCUGCACUUAUUUCUUCGCAUGCAAAAAUGCCCAAAACUAAAAAGAUAGCAUCUGAAGGAAAAAAGAAAAUUAUAUCUGAAAAGGAGGAUAAUUGUACUUCUAAAAAUGGUGCUGUAUUUUUGAAUAAUAAAAGUGAAAUCAUUUUGAAAGUACAUGCAAAACCAGGAGCUAAAGAAAGUGCCAUCACAGAUAUUAGCGAUGAAAGCAUCGGUGUUCAAAUAGCUGCACCCCCAGUUGAUGGUGAAGCUAACAAAGAGCUUAUACGCUAUCUGGCAGAAGUAUUGCAAUUAAGAAAGAGUGACGUCAAUCUUGAAAAGGGCUCCAGAUCGAAAGAAAAGACUGUUGUAGUUUCAGAUUCUUCUUUAGAAAAUGUACUAUCAAAAUUAACAGCUGCAAGUAGACAGUGACAUUUCUUCAUUAGAAGCUAGUAUUGAACUCUGUUCUGAGGACAAGAAAAUUAUUUUUUUUUCAUAUCACCUUAGGAAGUAAAACUUUUUUUAAGAAAAAUAUAUGUAUAAAAACAGAAUUGGACGUUCUUCUGGAGAAGAUUUAUUUCAUCCAAAAUGGUAAAAGAAACUAGAAAAACAAAAACCAACCUAGAAGAGACUCAAAAUAUUUCAUAGAAUUUGUUGAUAAUUCCCAAAUGUUUUUUAAAAUUAGGUUUAAAAAUUAUGUUACAAAAUGUUAUUAAAUGUGUCAGUCUUAUAUUUAUCUUAUAAUUAAAUUUUAAAUUUUCGAAAUUUAAUUUUUUAACGUAACAACAUGUAAUUUAUGUUAGUACUUAAAUUAACAUUUAUCCUUUUUUUAUUUUGAUUAAAUGUUUAGUUUUAAUGGAAAGUUUAUUUCUAUGCAUAGCUUUUCCAUUAAAACUGUGAUAUUUCUGAUAUGAUUCUAGCUCAAAAAUUUUAUUUCAAGAAAUUAGUAAUAUUUUAUGGAAAUUUUCUAAUUUAUUUAUUAAUAUACGAAAUAUUUUGUUUGUUGUGUCAUACAAAUAUAUUUUUAAUUUAAUGAGUUAGUUUUCAAACUGCGAGCGUAACAUGACAGUGCUUUCUAGAUCUUGAAAUAUAAACAGCCUUGGAUGUAUUAAAAUGCUAGCUAAAUAGUAAAAAAAUAAUUAAAAUACAAAUAUUAACACUUAUGAUUAAUACUACGAUUUACAUAUUUUUUGUUUGAAGCAUUGUGACGGUUUGUAUAAUACAGAUCUUCAAACUACCUCAUAUGGGUAGGUAGAUUUUAAAGGCAGGUCGCUGUUUCGGGGCACUUUUUGAGAAAACAGCAGAAAUUGUAUAAUACACUUUUAAUGGAUCAUUGCUUAAGGCACUGGACUGUCAUGUGGCAUUUGAUCCCUGGUGAUUACCUUUUUCAAACUCUGAAAUCAUUUUUCAGAAAUAGUGUACACUUUUAACAAUGCAAUUUAAUUUUUGAAUAAAUUUUUGAAAUGAA